AUGGAAGUUGGGGUCCCCCGAGACUUUCUGUUGGACGCGGACGACCAAGUCCAGAGUCCGCUUUUCCGGCUACCGCUGGAAGUUCGGCGUACAAUAUACGAACUUGCCUUCAGGGAGCAGCCUGUUGACGACGGCAACUACGUCAAAGGCAUCAGUGAAGAAAAUUUCAUAGUGGAUGAGUGUCAAAACCAGCACGAUUCUGCUCACAAUGCUAUUGAAAUUGACGGAACGCUGCCCAAUUGGCUUCGCCCGGGGUGUACCACUCGGUUGAAGACAGAGACAGCCCUGCUCAGGACCUGCCAGUUAGUGUAUAUCGAAGCGUCUUCGCUCCUCGUAUCUACAAUGGUACUUAGAUGCUAUCAAGGCUAUGGUCCUAGAGUCAGGCCAUACCGAUAUCUCAAGCGCUUAACCGAUGGGCAGCGUUCAGACGUGCAUCGCCUCCAUUUAUUCACUCAAGUACGAGACUUCGACCGCCAUGGUCCUUGGCUUCGACAACAGCUCGAGCCGGUUGCGAAAAGCCUUCAACACCUCACCAUCACUCUACGUGAUCUAGGGGGCUCGCCGGAAACACCCAUGCUUCUCAAUCCCUACCAAUCGGGAGUGGCCAAAAGCCAAGCCAUAGGCCAAUUCAUGGAAAAUACGGAGAAGGGCGAAGAAUUGAAUAUUCCACCAGCCAGCUGGACCAGCAGCUUCGCUUUUUUUCCAGCUCUAAAAACUCUCACAAUGGAGUUAGAAGACCAAGAAGAGAGGGAGAGCGAGUUGGAAUCACUUGCACAGUGGGCAACAACUUGGAAGUUCCCGCUUGGGGGUAACCAGUUCAUGAGCUCAAAGACAGCCCCCUCGAGUCGGGCAUGGCAGCGCCCUCGGCCGCAAUGUGAUGAUGAAUUCUACGGUUCCUACAAACCCCCACCGCGUAUAAUCACCUGGACAGUUCGAUGGGAUGCGCCGCCUACUAGGACAGUUGCCAAUGAUGAUACGAGCCAGGAGGAGGUAAUGCCAACAACCAGGGAGACUAAUGAUGAGCCCCUUUUUCAACGUCCAGCCUACGAUCCGCGCUUAGGGGGGCUUAACUCAAUCUUUGCGCAUGCGUCAGAAUCAAGUCUUCGCGAACUGGCAGAGUGGGGGGUCAUAUAA